ACUGGCAGUCUCACUUUACGCCCAGUCGUCGCGGUGGUAGGAGGUGUGCUGUCUGCUCCUAGCGCUCAUUGUUCAGACCUAAAUUCACCCGUUUUCUGAUUGUAAAAAUUGCAUUAGCCAUGACUACUACACCAAAAGCUGUUAAGCUCAACACCGGAGCGAUGAUGCCCAUCAUUGGAUUGGGCACAUGGAAGAGCACUGAGGGGGCUGUGACAGCAGCGGUGGAGGCAGCCAUUGAUCUUGGCUACCGUCACUUUGACACUGCCUGGAUUUACGGCAAUGAGGUUGAGGUUGGAAAGGCCCUCAAAAAGAAGUUUGAUGAGGGCGUUGUGAAGCGGGAGGACCUGUUCAUUGUCACCAAGCUGUGGAACACCUUCCACCGUCCGGCCGUGGUGGAGGGCGCCCUCAGAGACUCCCUGGCCAAGCUAUUGUUGGUGGAGAGUCACCCUUACUUAGUGCAGCGGAAGCUCAUCGACUACUGCAAGAGCAAGGGCAUCGCCGUCACCGCCUACAGCCCCUUGGGGUCCCCUGACAGGCCCUGGGCCAAACCCGGGGACGUGGAGCUCAUGCAGGACCCCAAGCUGGUCGCCAUGGCGGCCAAGUACAACAAGUCGGUGGCCCAGCUCCUCAUCCGCUUCCAGAUCCAGCGUGGGAUUAUCUGCAUCCCUAAGUCCGUCACCCCCGCCAGGAUUGCGGAAAACUUCCAGGUGUUUGACUUCGACAUCUCGGCUGAGGACAUGGCGGCCAUUGAGGCCUUCGACUGCAACGGCCGCUUCUGCGUCCUCGAAAUGGACCGAACCCACAAGUACUUCCCCUUCAAGAACGAGGCGUGAGACGUCACUGCACAGCUCCUACUGCACUGCUGCCACUGCAACAACUGCUAUAGGUAGCAAGAAUAUACAUUAUAGGCACUGCAAACCCAUUGAAAAAAAUUAUGAUUAGCUGAUGAUAAAAUACUGACACGGCAGCUUCCGUAACGCCAGUCACUGCAGCAGCUAUUGCCACAGCAUUAGCAGCUAUUGCCACAGCAUUCG